UCCUUCCUCCUCCCCCCUCCUGGCCCCCUCCUCAGCGCUUCGGUCCAAGAUGGCGGCGCUGAGCAGCGGUGGCAGCGCCGAGGGGGCCUCGCUCUUCAACGGGGACAUGGAGCCCGAGCCGCCGCCGCCCGGGGCCUGUUACGCGGGGGGCAGCGGCAGCGCCGGGGGAGACUCCGCCAUUCCUGAGGAGGUAUGGAAUAUUAAACAGAUGAUUAAAUUGACACAAGAACACAUAGAGGCUCUGCUGGACAAGUUUGGAGGAGAGCACAAUCCACCAUCUAUAUACUUGGAGGCCUAUGAGGAAUACACCAGCAAGUUAGAUGCAUUACAACAGAGGGAGCAGCAGCUAUUGGAAUCCAUGGGCAAUGGAACUGAUUUCUCUGUUUCCAGUUCUGCUUCAACUGACACUGUUACAUCAUCUUCAUCCUCUAGUCUUUCUGUUGCACCUUCAUCCCUCUCAGUUUAUCAGAACCCUGCAGAUUUAUCACGGAACAACCCUAAAUCUCCACAGAAACCUACUGUUAGAGUCUUCCUACCCAACAAACAGCGGACAGUGGUUCCAGCAAGAUGUGGGGUAACAGUCCGGGAGAGUUUAAAGAAAGCUUUGAUGAUGCGAGGUCUUAUCCCAGAAUGCUGUGCUGUUUACCGAAUACAGGAUGGGGAGAAGAAGCCAAUUGGUUGGGACACUGACAUUUCCUGGCUGACGGGAGAAGAACUGCAUGUGGAAGUUUUGGAGAAUGUGCCUCUUACAACACACAAUUUUGUACGGAAAACAUUCUUCACUUUAGCAUUCUGUGACUUCUGCCGAAAGCUGCUUUUCCAGGGUUUCCGUUGUCAGACUUGUGGAUACAAAUUUCACCAGCGUUGUAGUACAGAGGUGCCACUGAUGUGUGUGAAUUAUGAUCAACUUGAUUUGCUGUUUGUCUCCAAGUUUUUUGAACACCACCCAAUACCACAGGAGGAGGCCUCCUUAGGAGAAACAACCACAGCAUCUGGGUCAUACCCUUCAGUGCCCCCCUCAGAUUCACCUGGCCCACCAACUCUCCCUAGUCCUUCUCCAUCAAAAUCCAUUCCAAUACCCCAGCCUUUCCGACCAGCAGACGAAGACCAUCGGAAUCAGUUUGGUCAACGAGAUCGUUCCUCAUCUGCCCCCAAUGUGCACAUUAAUACAAUAGAGCCUGUGAACAUUGAUGACUUGAUUAGAGAUCAAGGGUUGCGAGGAGAGGGAGCCCCUAUGAACCAGCUGAUGCGCUGCCUUCGGAAAUACCAAUCCCGGACUCCCAGUCCCCUCCUCCAUUCUGUCCCCAGUGAGAUAGUGUUUGAUUUUGAGCCUGGCCCAGUGUUCAGAGGCUCAACGACGGGUUUGUCUGCUACACCACCAGCCUCCUUACCUGGGUCCCUCACCAAUGUGAAAGCAUUACAGAAAUCACCAGGGCCUCAGCGUGAGAGGAAGUCCUCAUCCUCUUCAGAAGAUCGGACCAGAAUGAAAACUCUUGGUCGACGAGACUCAAGUGAUGACUGGGAAAUACCAGAUGGCCAGAUCACAGUUGGACAAAGAAUAGGCUCUGGAUCAUUUGGAACAGUCUUCAAGGGAAAGUGGCAUGGUGAUGUUGCAGUGAAAAUGCUGAAUGUUACAGCCCCCACCCCUCAGCAGUUACAAGCCUUUAAAAAUGAAGUAGGAGUGCUCAGGAAAACACGACAUGUGAAUAUAUUACUUUUCAUGGGUUAUUCAACCAAGCCGCAGCUGGCUAUAGUUACACAGUGGUGUGAAGGUUCCAGCCUUUACCACCAUCUACACAUCAUUGAGACCAAAUUUGAGAUGAUCAAGCUGAUUGAUAUUGCACGGCAGACAGCUCAAGGAAUGGAUUAUUUGCACGCCAAGUCUAUCAUCCAUAGAGACCUCAAGAGUAAUAAUAUAUUUCUUCAUGAAGACCUCACAGUAAAAAUAGGUGACUUUGGUCUAGCAACAGUGAAAUCACGGUGGAGUGGGUCCCAGCAGUUUGAACAGUUGUCAGGAUCAAUUCUCUGGAUGGCACCAGAAGUAAUUCGGAUGCAAGAUAAAAACCCAUAUAGCUUUCAGUCCGAUGUGUAUGCAUUUGGGAUUGUUCUUUAUGAGCUGAUGACUGGGCAGCUACCAUAUUCUAACAUCAACAACAGGGACCAGAUAAUUUUUAUGGUGGGGCGAGGGUACCUCUCUCCAGACCUCAGCAAAGUGCGGAGCAAUUGUCCCAAAGCCAUGAAGAGGCUAAUGGCAGACUGCUUGAAAAAGAAGAGAGAUGAACGGCCCCUCUUCCCACAGAUCCUUGCUUCUAUUGAGCUUCUAGCCCGGUCGUUGCCAAAAAUUCACCGCAGUGCAUCUGAGCCCUCCUUGAACCGGGCUGGUUUCCAGACAGAGGAUUUUAGCCUGUAUGCUUGUGCUUCUCCAAAAACACCAAUCCAGGCUGGGGGAUACGGCGAAUUUGCAGCGUUCAAGUAGCCACAGCAACAUUGGCAGCAAAACCACUCUCUUAUUUUUAGUCUUGUGUUCCUACAGUUUCUUUUUAUAACGUCCAGACUCUGUUCUGCCCCUUCAAACAAAGUAAUUUAGAGAUCCGUAUGCUUAAAAGAGCAGAGCAGAUUGGAGCUCCCAAUCCAACUUUUGGUGGGAGGGAAAAAUCUCUUAGGAACCAGAAUCUCUCUGCUGCCUGUGUGCUCACCUCCACCCUUAACGCCAUGUGCAUUCGGAGACCCCCCCAGUGGCUGCCUGUACCGUUGGCAUCAUUCCCAGGAGAGAGGAGGGCCCACGCUUUGACUUUCUGGUGCUCUGGCAUGAUGAGAUUGGAACUCCUGCUGCAUCAUAGGCUUGGGAUGGUCUGCUGGUCGGCUUUCUCCCUCUAACAACGAAUCAUCAGAGGCUGAACAUCUGAUGAGACAGAGCUAAUCAAAACAAUCAUCUUCUGGUCUGAUUUUAUUUUGUGUGUGUGUGCGUGUUUCCUGGUGUGAUUACUGAUCAGUGGGGUAAAUGCAGUAUCUCCUUUUCAAGCAUAUGUGAGCACCAUCUCUUUUAAGUUUAAAAACAAAACCAAACAUAGCCAAAUUUGUCUGAUAGGUGGAAGAGGAAUUUUUGGAAAGGGGACACAAUUCAAUUGAGACACCCGUAAGCCUCUGAACUAUGCAAAGUGGAAGUAGCAGAGGAGAUGAUUUUUGCCUUCCCACUGCUCUCACUCUGUACUUCUGCUGGACAGCUGAAGCCAGGGGCUUUGGAGCAGGAGGGAAGGGGCUGCAUAGAACACAGAACACAUUGCAGCCUGACUUCUUGCAGUCUCUUCUCCCCCCACCCCAAGAAUGCCUCUUAAAGUCCUCUUGGAAGUUGAGUUCUUGACCUCAGAGUGGUAGCAAGUACAGCUAUUUCUGCACUGGCUGCAAGGGGAAGGGAGGGGGUGGAGUACAGAUUCCCAGCUUGAAAAUUGGAGCUCUAUCUGUGAAGAUCUUGGAAUCCUAAAUAUUUUAUGGCUGCUUAGACUCUGUAUAGGGGCUGCAGGGGUUUGCCCUUAAUUUGAAGGAAAAGGGGAUGCUGCACCUUCUCUUUCCAGAAUUGCUUUUUAUUUCUCUAGAGCCACCCUUUCCCCCAUCUUUCCUUUUUUUGUACUCUUUUUCAAAAGGGUCGGGAGGCUCUUUUCAUCAGUCCAGCAAAUGACAAACAUUUUUACAAAAUUGUAACAAAGUUCUCAGUGUGCGGCUUCUUUUCAUUUUUGUGUUUAUCAUUUGAUUCUGUGUGUUUUGUGUGUGAACUUUUUGGGGAUGCCCAGAAAGUCUAAUGCAGACUAUGAAUAACAAGUGUACCUGUUUUAAAAGGUGCAAGAUAAUGUCAGGUACCUAAUGUUUCAUAAACAUAAGUUCUCAGGUUGAAUUGAAUAUGUUUUAAAAAGAAAACCCAGCCACAACCACCCCUAAGAAUUAGACAUUCCAAAAAAUGUGCUUUGGUACUUUUUAAAAAAGAACUUUUAAUCAUGUUAACUCAGCAAACUCAGUUUGUGUGUGCGCGCGUGUGUGUGCGUGUGCGUGUAUUAAUAUGCAGUAACUUGUCUUACGUGGCAAUUUGCUGGUUUCUGUUUUUUGUUAAGAAAUGGUACUUGCUGGAUCAACACUGCAUUCUUCUCUCACCAUAUUCCUGUCCUCAACCUUUUUCUCCUAACUGCUUUUCUUUCCCUAAAUUUUGUAUUUGUGGCUUAAAAAUAGUGGUGAUUGCAUUAGGCUUUUUCUUUUUGCUUUGCUCAUAAUCAUACUUUACAACAAGGUUCCCAGUUCUUAUGUUUAUGCAGUAAGAGUAAUGCAAAACAAAUAUACGUUAGCUCUAGUGGAAUCACAAUGUUUUAAGCAGAAUUCUCCACUGUGGUCAUUAACAUAGGAGGGUUUUGUUUUCAUUUUGUAAAGAGGCAGGUUUGAUGCAACUGGAAGGAAAAUCAUUGUUCCCAGAAGCCUUGAGGUUUAGUGCAUUUCUGCCCAGCUCUGAUAGGUAUGAGGCUAGAAGAAGCUACUCCUUCACUAGCACUUUCUAUUAGGUAAGAUAAGGUCAUCUAGUCAGAGAGAAGGGCUGUUAUUCAGAGUUUACAUAAUGAUAUGCUGCAGCUCUUUUAACUGCAGUUAAGGGAAAGGGGUGGAUCUUUUGGGAGGGGGGUGUUUUUGUUUUAUGAAAAGGAAACAAUUUGUCAUGGACCAUGUUUUCUAAACUCAGUGUAUGCUUCAUUGUACAUUCAAUAGGAACCAUUAAAUGUAGGUGAAGCACUUAUCAUAGAAUGAGGGUACUUAGAAAUUGGAGCAAGUUACGUAAUUGAAACACUGUAUAUUCAAGUAUGAGCAGGGUACCACUAGUGGUGAAGAUAUUGGACAUAAUUCAUAAACAGGUGGGGGAUGUUCUCAGUAUAAGUGCUGUUGAAGUGAAUAAGUUGCUCAAGCUUAUGGAUGUGUUUGGAUAGCUUCUCUUCACUUCAGUGACUGACUGCUUUGGAGAAAUGUCCAGUGAAUUUUCAUGCAAUAAUGAGAGGAAAGCAAUUUGUGUUGGCACAUGAAAUAUGUGCUAGAUGUGUUAUGUAUCUAAACCAGAGAAGCACAACUUUUCCUUGCUGUUCUUGGUGGUGGUCCCCACAUUUGGCUAAAGCAGUGCUACUUAAACUUUCUGAUCAUGGACCCUCCUAAACUUACACUGUUGUCUUAUCACCACCUCGAAAUGCAGCAACAAUAAUCUGUUCCAGAAAUAAGCAUUUUGAAAUCUUUACAUUUGCUAAUGUACAUGCAGUAUGCUAUGGCAUGUGGAGACUUGUGGAUUGCCCUACUAAGUCCAGCACUGGAAUUACAAGUUAAAGAGAGCAGGAGGUCACAUACAUCCUCAUACCAUCAUGGAGGGGGAUCAUAAAAACAAAGCUUUUGAGAUCCAUUCUUACCAAACCACUUCAGAAUGAUGGAGCAGUGAGGAUGCAGUCACCCUCAUAAAUCCAACAUGGAUCAGUGUGGCUCUUCUGCCAGGGAGCAUUCCAUCCACCUGCACACUGGUGGAGAUGGAAGGUACCACCCACCUCAACUUUCAUCCCUUCCUUUUGUUAAGUGCCCUGCUGCUCCGCAGAUCACAAAGUUCUGGGGUAUGUUAUACGUUACUGACACAAAAAAACCCAAGUGCGCACACAGUAAAUGUCUGCAUAGGAGUUGAAUUCCUAUACUUUUGGCUGUAGAAUUUUCUUUCCUUACAAGAAUAUAAGUUGGUUUCCAAGGUUUUGCGUGCAGGUAAGUGUUAUGGCAGAGUGGCUGCUUUGGAGGUACUGGGGUUUACAAGAGGAAAGGAUGAGAUUGCCACCUAAAGAGUGGCAGGUGCAGGGUCAUAGUACAUAACUUCGUUGCCACUGAGGUAUCAGCUGGCUACCUAAAUCAGGGCUGGAACACUCGCAGACAUCUGCUCAUUUGGGCUUCUAAAGACUUGAUGCUGUGGCUUGGGAGUGGAAAUACUUCAGCCCUGGUCUAGGCAAAACCUUAACAUCCUCCACCACUGGCACCCUCUUACCGUAAAUCUUGUAACCUCCUCUUAUCCAUCCUGCCCACACUGACACUUGAGCAUGUGAUAUUCACUGCAGCACAACCAGCCACUCCUGUAUCCCUGAGUUCUCCCUCCAUGUUGCCCCUCUGAAUGGCCCCAAUUGCUGCGGAUCACUCUCCACAGCUGGUCCCUUCAUUCUGCUCCUGCUGUUUGGAAGCUUUGUUACCUUGGCAUGCCUUUAGUAUCAGAUCUUCCAUUCUUCCUUAACCACUCCUUGUUCCUGAGCAGCAGGUGGAUGUGCCCUAAAACAUGGAAGGGGAGAAAAUCGUUGGUGUUCUGCAAACAGUCUACCUGUCUUGGGUGUACCAGUGUUAAGGCCAACACUGCUGUUAUAGGAUUUACUCAGCAAAUUCCCCUGUGCCCUAUUACCUGAGCUAAGUAUCUGUCUAAAUAAUUUGGAAUACUAGAUAAAUAUCUGUGUUUUCUUUAUAGUAUACUUCUGUUAAGACUAACAAGAAUGAGGAAUUUGUAUCCUGAUUUAAUUGUAUUAGGCAGGCUUCAUUAUUCAUUAGUCUGCAGUAAGAUUUUUGGGUUUUUUAAAAAUAAAAAUCUGUAGGUAAAGCAGUAGGAAAAGUUUAUUCACACAAAGCACUUUAUCAUGAGUGACAUAUGCUUUGGUUUCUUCUCUUCCAUCUAAAUAUAGUGCAAAUAAUUUGGCUGCUGGUUCAAUAGGAUAAUUUGUUAAUCCAUCUUGCUUUCUGCUUCUUUUUUUUCAUCCUGCUUUCAUUUCCUGAGUCCCGAAGAUAUUUUCCUAGCUCAACACAAAAUGAAUUUGAAUGUGGGGGGCAAAAGACUCUGCAUUGGAGAGGGGUGAACCCUUCACAAAUCGUGCAACUUCAGUGAAGCUUGUAAAUAACAUAAUAGGAAAGAUUUACUCCAGUCAUACAAUUUUGCUUGACUUCUCAUGCAACAUUCUGGCUUUUUCUGAUGAACAAUGUCAAGUCUCCCUGAACAUUGUAUCCAGUGACAUAAGUUCACUUUUACUGAGUACCUGGUUAUGUGCUCAAUGUUUGUUCUUAAUUCAAGAGACUCUUUUUUCAAAAAAAAAAAAAAACUUUUUUCAGGUCACUUUAAUCCUAGACUUUUUCCUGCUUGAAAUUGUCCUUAAGGCUGCACUCUUUAUACCUCUUACCUGGGAGAUAAGAAAAUAAUGAUACAUACUUCUGAGUAGACAUGUAAACAAUUAAAUCUUAAAUUUAGAGAAUCCACUUUGGGUUCCCAUGUGAGGACAAGAGUAAGUACAAGUUUUUAAAAAUGUGGUUUCUCUUUUAUGCAUUUAAAAAAAUUGUUGGAAGGGUUGUUGUAAGAUGCUGUUGAGCUUCAGGUGCAAUCACAUGCAUGUUUAGAUAGAAAAAGUGCUACAAUUCCCAGUAUUCCAUAGUCAGCAUGAUUGACAAAUGUUGAGGGUUGUGGUACUUCUUUUUCUAUCUGAACAUACACAGGAUUCUAACACCCUUAGAAAAUCAAGGGGGAAAUGUCUGUUUGUAGAACUCUUGUCUUUAUGCAAGUAUUCCUGUGGCUAGGUAAAACACAAAUGGAUGGUUACUUGUUGCCAGAAACUAUUUUUUCCUAAAAUGCUACAUCAGAGGUGGGCACAUUAUCCCAUGAUCCAAGCGCACUGCUUCCCCCACCAGACAUCUGCCCUGUUGAGAAAUUCGUCAGUAGCUGUGCUGGCAGUACCGUAUGCACAGAUCAGCUUUAGCACCAUCUUUUUGCUAGCAUGAUGCACUCAGUGUUGCCACCAGCCUUGUAUUAGUUUUGGGAAAUAAUUAUGCAAAGCCAUUUCUGAGUGAAAGAAUUUUCCAGUGCCUAGGCAUGAAAACUAGUCUACUGUUUGCCCUACCCACGCCUGCUAUAAGUAUCUGGUACGGUUUGAGGAAGCCUUUUCUCUCUGCAUUGUUCUGCUGGGACUUCCACUGUGAGACAUUGUUUUUAUUGUUCAUUGCUUUUUGGGAGGAAUGGGGCUGUUUCAGUCUCCCUCCCUCUCUUUCUUUCUUGUAGCAGAGGGCUUAGUGGAACUUCAGGUAUGGAGUAUAUUUUAUUGUAUAACUUUUGGACCAUGAAUGCAGCAUACGUAGCACAAACAGUUCAUAAUACUGUCGUACUUUCCGUCCAUCGACAAAGAGAAGUAGAGGUGGAAUUCACCCAAAGGGGAUGAACAAUUGACCCUUAUGAGAAUACAUUCUGGAUUCAGUCUGAAUCCACUUCAGCUAUAUUAGCUUUGAUGUGAACAUGGUAGAUGUGAUUAUUCUGUGGCUUCCGUCUUUACUUCACUAAGCAUAUCACCUUGGUUGGAUAGAGGUGUAUUAGGUUAGGCAUAACUCGCUGCUUGCAAGUGGAGUGGAAAGGCACCAGAGCUUUCCAGUUAAGCUACACCGAGCCAGCCUAACUGUAGCCUUUUCUGGAAUUCUCUGUGAUGUCAUUAUUCCAUCUGUCCACUUGCAGUGGCAAACCUUGCCCAUGCUAUUGUAUGUUACAGUAAUGCGAUUGUACACAAAAUGUUUGCUAGCUUUAAAAAAAAACUGUACAGUGAGCAAGUGGUUUGAACCCCUUCCCCAAGGACUGUAAGGCUAAUGGGACAGGCUAGUUUAGACUUUGGAAAUGUGGGAUUAACCAGACCUGUUGAGUUCAUAUUCUUUCUAUAAAUUAUCCUCUUGGUCUGUCCAUUUGCUUGAUCUGCAAAAUAAUCUGGAGUAAAGGCAGUUAGGAAAAUAUUUUGCCUGCCUUUGUGUUUAUUUUUGCAUCAUGGUAUGAGCUUGUCUGUACUUGCAUGCAAAAGAGGUGAGAUGCUGAGCAUAUGAAGUUAGGGAGAGUGUGUUGUGUAUGUAAAACAUUUCCUUUACAAUUUGCCAAAUAACUUGUGCCUUUUAAAAAGAAAAUCUUAAACAUAUCUUGCUACUCAUGUAACUGAAGCAGCACUUUGCUUUGAUUCCAGUGCACACUACAUCUUCAAACUUGGAUGAAAGCACGGGCGACUAUCCACAGAAUAGGUUCUCAAAGACCAACCUCAGUGGAAUGAAUUGCAGUGACUCUUUAGCACCAACUGUCAUUGAUCUCACUGGGACUUUUUCUGGAAGUGUUCCAAAUAAAUCAUGCCCACAAAUCUUUUCUGCCCAAACCAGCCAUUGUAAGAAUAAGAACAUAAGAGCAAUGUCUACCUUGUCCAGCAUUCUGUUCACCAUGGGAGGAUCAGAGGCAGGACAAGAGCACAGUAGCACCCUCCUGCCCCAUUGUCCAGCAACAAGCAUACGUGAGCGUAGGGAAGUAGCAUAUGGAUAUCAGGACCAAAUGCCAUUGGUAGUCUUACCCUCUGUUAAUUUGUCCACGACCCUUUUAAAGCCUUCCAAAUUGGUGCCUGUCACUGCAGCUUGUGCUAACAACUUCUGUUGUUUAACUAUGUGCUGUGUGUGACUUCCUUUUAUCUGUCCUGAAUUUCCCACCAAUCAGCUUCAUGGACUGACCCCUUUGGAUUCCAGUACACCAUGCAUAUUUUUGUUAGCUUACCUUUUUUCUAAGCUAAACAAGAUGUUAUAGUCUUUCCUCAUAAGGAGCUGCUCCAUCCCUUGAUCAUUUGAGCUGUCCUUCUCUACAUUUUUCUCAGCUCUUCAAUAUCCUUUUUAGAUGAAUUGACCAGAACUGCACACAAUAUUCUAAACAUGGUUGCAUCAUCAGGUUUGUAUAACGGGUAUGACACUCACUGUUAUUUUUGAUUCCCAAUUAUGCCUAACAUAGAGUCUGCCUUUUGCAUGACAACUUCACACUGAGUUUACAUUUUCAUCAAGUUGUCCACUGCAAUCCCAGUCUUUUGUGAGUCAGUGCUAUGUGAAAUUCUAUCACCUUGUAUGUGAAGUUGGGAUUUUGAUGCUCAUUCCCCAAGUUUGUGAGAUCUGUGUGCAGUGUUAGCCACUGUGUGAAAAGAAUGUUGGACUAAGAUGGACCUUUGGUGUGAUCCAACAGAACUGCUCUUAUGUUGUGUACAAAGCUAUCCAGAUGGCACCAUAGUAUCAGCAAUCUUUGCAUGAGGUUGGCAAUUCAUCAUGUGGUUUAUACGCCCAGCACAAACCUAGCUGUCUGAGUUUGUGAUGGAUGUGUAGACCAUCAUGUAGUUGUGUGUAUGUCCAAAUACAUGUGAUUAAGUUGGGAAAGUAAUUUUUAAAAUACUUGAGUGAAAAAUAGAGCCUAUUGCAUUUGUAAAAGUAUAAGCAAAACUGAGACAUCUUGCUUCCUUUUGAGGGCUAUUUUAUCAGAAGAAUGAGAGCUUGAAGAUACCCUUUGAGGAAGGCUUUAUUGUAGAUAGAAUAUGUUGUUAACACCUUCCCCAGCCUGGUGCUUACACUGGCUGGGACUAAUGUUGCUUACAGGCCUAUACCUCUAGAGGACACCAGGUUUGGGAAGGCUGCUUUCCUUUAAGUAGCGUGUGAUCACUUGGACUAGGGGAGAUUGGUUCUAUCUGUAAACACAAGCAGGCAUUACAGACGGGCCUACUGAGAAUCUUCUCUUGAAUUAAGGUGAAGUAUCCAAUUUACUUCAGGCUUCUUUGUGAAAUAAGCAACCUGCCUGUAAACCCCAGUCAGUUGUAGUUAAUGCAUUUUGAGUGACAUUUGGGUUAAAAGCUUAUGGAUAGUUUAGAAGCAGUAGUUGUACUAACAUGCUGUCUCUUACAUGCAUGUUUGUUCAGAAGUAAGUCCUACUGUGUUCACUGGGCUUGCUCCCAGGUAAGUGUGCUGCGGUCUGUAGUUUGUGCUUUUCUAUUCCUGUUUUGGCAGCUAGAAAAGGGCUCUGAAACUACGUGUUCAUUUUGUAGUUGUCAAAGCAGCAACAUCUAUUCCAUCCAGCCUCUGAUUAUGUACUAUUCCUAUAGUUACAAUUCUUACUAAACUUGGACUGUAAUCUGCUACAUUUAAUUCUACUUCCCCUUUCCAAGCUAGGGCAAUGCAAAGCAGGUGAAUGUGCAUCAUUUUAGAUUGUUGAUUGGUUCUUGACUGUAUUGCUUUAGUUGGACUCGGCCUACAUGUGACUUCUGCUUGUUUUGUAGUGUUUUGGGAUUCCACUAGAAUGUCAGGACCAGGGGCGGGAGGCGUUGACGCAUUCGUCCAGGCAUGCGUGGAAGUCAGAAUAAGUGGACCAAGGGGAGCAAGGUGGGAACUGUUGUGUGGGUUUCAAAGGUGGACCUGAGUUUAAAUUAACUUUUGACUUAAUGAUUAAAAUAAAAAGUAAGUGCAAUAAAUGUACUUUGAAAUUCAAAGCUGUGAAUGGUUAAGAAAAAUACACCUCAGUCUUUCCAGAUUCUCCUUUUCCCCUGCUCCGCCCUGUUAAUAAAGCUUGGCAAUGACCAGCCUUUGUAUGCAACUUUUUUUGUUUUAGGGGCAAGUACACAUUCUGUUUGUGACAACCAAACGCAUUAUAAGCUCACCAUAGCCCAUUUUUGUUUUGUAAUGUCCUUGUUAGAACCUUCUUAUAGCAGCUGUGCCCACUUCAUGCUCCCAGACUAACUCCCAUGCUAUGAGACUAAUGUUAGCCAUUGGUCAUUUUACCUACAUCUCUCAUGAAGACCUGCUUUUGCAGGAAUAAAGUGGAGUCAAUGCUGCUCUCAGCUGCAUUUGAAUAGAGGAUAUGAAAUUAUUUUGUGAUAACAUGGAGUGCCAAUUGAAAACUGAGCAUUACAUGCCCAACCACUGGACUGCAAUAGCCCUUCUAGCCCGAGUAGAAAGUUUAUGUAACCAGCAACUCUUCCAGCUACUAGGGACCAGUGAUGGGCAAGUGAUAUGCUUUUAGCAGCUGGACACAGCAGACCUGGUUUUCUAUAUCUGAAGUACACAAAGCCUGCCUCUUUCUUCCAUGACCCAAUUUCUUUAGAAAAGCUAUGACCUAUUGAGUGUUUAAAUACAUGGCCUGUCCUUUUCUCCUUUCAGCCAUGCUACUCCUCUUCAUUUUGUUAGGAAAUGCGCUUAGAUGGCCAUUCUCUCUCCAUUGCUUCACACUGGGGAGUAUCAUUCCAAUGCUUUGUUUCACUGUAGCACAAGAGUAUACAGUUGCUAACAAUGGUCCUAAUAUUUGCUGUAGCAACUGAGACUCUAGUUGCAUCUUGGAACUAUUCCUGGUAUAUAGAUAAGAAUGUUGGAGAACCAAGUUGAGGUACCACUGAUGCAAACUCUUCUCUCUCUCCCUCUGCUGUUCAUGCUUAUUAAAGCUAUGAAUGGCCUUUGGGUAAAACUGGUCACCUAAGCACUGUACCCUAUGGAAGAGAUUGAAAAAAAAUCAACCAACAAUAAAGUUACCAGGAUCACUCCAGAAAGUUGCUUUUUUAAAAAAAAAUGUUUAUAGUGUUUCUUAAUUAGUGCAGCAAAAUAUAUAUCCCAACUCUACAUUCCUUGAAGCUGUAUUUACCACAAGAUGUUUAACUUUCCACAAGCCUGCAAUUUUAAAAGUCUAUUCUUUCUUCAGAAGAAAAUUGAUAUCCAUAGCUACUUUACAAAAAGUCAAUGGAAAAACUAAAUGUUUAAAGGCCUGUAUUUAUUUCUAAUUCACAGGAAAAUGUUUGUUUUUGGCUUUCCAUUUCAUAGAUCACUGCAGUUUUCUCUCCCUGCCUCCAUUUCCUUCCCGCUGUCCAACACUUUACCAUAAAUGUUUAUACAGAUUGUUUUCACUUGUUUUCUUUCCCUGUUAAGUCCUUUAGCCUGAACCUUUCAUUGUAUUUUGGAGCUUUUUCUUUCAUGUAAAUUUGUACAGUGGGAAAUAUUGUCCAGUUCGGUUUAGAGAGCAUGGAGACAUAAAAUUAAAGUUUGAUAGCUGAAAAUUGAGAUUGAAGAAUUAUUUGUGUAAAGUUAUUUAAAGAACUCUGUAUUAUAUAAAAGGUUAAAAACUUCUAUGUAUUUGAUGUGAAUACUGCUAUAAUAAAGAUUGACUGCAUGGAGAA